AUGCGACACACCACUCCGCCGAAAGGGGAUCUGUACGAUGGACGCAUUGAACAGCUAUGCAGUCUUUCGGAACGCGAAAGAAUGACAAGCGAAGCGGAAGAGUUGAGGCAACUCUUCACUGAGAGCGAGGAUACUCUCAGUGCCAAGACCAAGAAGGAGCGCUUCGAGGAGCAGAGUUGGGACUCACUGAAGUCGAGUCCCUAUUAUGAGAUUCUACGAAAGCACAACGAC